CUUUUGGCCUGUAGAGCGUUUCUGAAUACAAACUUCUGACAACACGCUUCUACUUUGCCAAAUAUUAAAUCGCGGCAGCAGUAUGUGAAAUAGCCAUACAACACCUUUAUAUUUAUCGAUAUGAUCCCAGCUUAUGUCGUAGAUGUGUUCACUUGGCGUUUAUUUUAUGUUGUUGCGCGAAAACUAGAGUCAGCUAGUUGAUUAGCUGCGGUGCAAGCUACAACUUUCAUCCGGGUUGUUGUUCGCCUUUUGGGGGAGAAGCCAGAAACUUUACUCCGGGGAUUCGACCUGGAACAAUAACCGGAGGACUGAGGGAGUCAGUUAAGUGAGCAGAAGAUGAACUGAUCAUCAGAAGGCAUAAAGACCUUUAAAAGCUCAAGAUGUCAAUUCUGGGACUUAAAAAGAAACAACCGAAGACUUUUAAAGUCAAAGUCAUCACCAUGGAUGCAGAGAUGGAGUUCAGCUGUGAGGUAAAAUGGAAAGGGAAGGACUUGUUUGAUCUGGUUUGCCGAACUAUUGGACUGAGGGAAACCUGGUUCUUUGGUCUCCGGUACACUGUAAAAGAUACGUACGCUUGGCUUAAGCCCGACAAACGGGUUUUGGAUAAAGAUGUCCCAACAGAUUCUCCGAUAACGUUUCACUUUCUUGCUAAAUUCUUUCCUGAAAAAGUCGAGGAGGAACUUGUUCAGGAAAUCACACAGCACCUUUUCUUCUUACAAGUAAAGAAACAAAUACUGGAUGAGGAGAUAUUUUGCUCUCCAGAGGCCUCAGUCCUUCUGGCGUCAUAUGCUGUUCAAGCCAAGUAUGGGGAUUACGACCCAAACUUCCAUAAGCCAGGAUUCCUGGCCCAAGAUGAACUCUUACCUAAAAGGGUCCUGAUGCAGUAUCAGAUGACACCAGAGAUGUGGGAAGAGAAAAUCACAGCUUGGUAUGCUGAGCACAGAAAUAUAGCAAGGGAUGAAGCUGAGAUGGAGUAUCUAAAAAUAGCACAGGAUCUCGACAUGUAUGGCGUGAGCUAUUUUUCAAUCACACAAAACAAGAGAGACAAGGAGCUCCUGCUUGGUGUCGAUGCACAGGGACUUCAUAUCUACAGCCCCAAUAGCAAACUGAAUCCCCUGAAGUCCUUCCCCUGGAGCGAGAUCCGCAAUAUCUCCUACAGUGAGAAAGAGUUUACUAUUAAGCCAUUGGACAAAAAGAAGGAUGUCUUUAAAUUUUAUUCUUCACAACUCAGAGUGAAUAAGUUGAUCUUACAGCUGUGUAUUGGGAACCAUGACCUCUUCAUGAGGCGGAGGAAGGUAGACUCCAUUGAAGUGCAGCAGAUGAAGGCUCAGGCCAAAGAAGAAAAGGCUAGGAAAAAGAUGGAACGUCAGAUUCUCGCACGGGAGAAGCAGCUAAGGGAGGACGCAGAGCGGGCUAAAGAGGAGAUGGAGCGCCGACUGUUUCAGCUUCAGGACGAGGCUCGUAUGGCUAAUGAAGCUCUGCUGCGCUCUGAGGAGACGGCUGACUUGCUGGCGGAGAAGGCCCAGAUUGCUGAGGAGGAGGCAAAGCUGCUGGCUCACAAAGCAGCCGAAGCAGAGCAGGAGAGACAGAGGUUGGAGGUGACGGCCAUCAAGACCAAAGAGGAGCACAGGCUAAUGGAGCAGAAGAUGAGGGAGGCAGAGCAGCUAGCUGUAAAACUGGUGGAGCAGUCAGAAAGGAGGUCAAAGGAGGCUGACCAUCUAAAGCAGGAUCUGAGCGAAGCCAAAGAUGCAGAACGCAGAGCCAAGCAGAAGCUGCUAGAGAUCACCAAAACAACAUACCCAUUGAUAGCUGCAUAUUCUAGUCCGCCGCCACCCCCACCUGGCCCUGAGAAUACAGAGAUGCAGCUGGAUGUGGCUGCCUCAUACCGACUAGACUUCAAAGAUUCUGACAUGAAGAGACUGUCCAUGGAGAUCGAACGCGAACGGCUAGAGUACAUGGAGAAAAGCAAGCACCUGCAGGAUCAACUGAAAGAACUGAAGUCAGAGAUCGAGUCCCUGAAGCUGGAAGAGCAGCAGCAGCAAGCAGGGCUCUACAGCCUGAGGGGUUAUGCUGAGCCACCCUACAUCCCCCACAGCAACAGGAACUCUGCCUACAUGGCUCAGAUGACUUUCUUCGAGGAGGUGUGAACAGACAGAAAUCUGACAAGGAGGAAGCAGUGACUUACAAGUGAGGCAGAAUUCAGUUCAAGGCUGCAGCUGGGCAGAGCCAAACAGCUGUCUACCAGCUGCCUGGAUUUGAACUUGCAGCCUUCUGGUCACCAGCGCAAAGGCUUCAUCACUGAGCUGUUACACAUACUGACACCUCUUGCGUGUAGUGAAUUGAAAACUAAUUCACAAAUAAAAAUGACUUUUUACAAGUA